UGGAAGCCCGAGAGGGUUGGAAAGGGAACCAUUUCUGGUUUGUCUCCAGGUGUGGGAGAAGGCGAGACGUACCUGAGCCCGAAUGCCCGCCCUCUCCCCCAUGCAGCCCAAUAGGAGGAGUUUUGGGACGGGGCUGGGGAUGGGCCGGGCCGGGCCGCACGCUCCUUUAGUGAAGGCAACGCCUGGCGAGCUGAGCACAGGCGCCCAAGACACCGCCAAACGAGAUGAGGAGCGGCAGAGAUCCGACAAAAUGCGCUGCCGGCUCCCAAGCAUUGGAUCACUGAUCACCCUGCUUACGGCAGCCAGCACCAUCGCUCCAGGCUCGGCUUACUUCGGCAGACUGACCGGGAAGGAGCCAUUGGCUGUGUUCUCCACCCCCAUUGAGGACUUCGGCGCUGGGAAAGUUCAUCUGAAGCAGUGCGACAACUUGAAGCUAUUCCGCCGGCAGAAGCGGCUGUGCCGGAGAGAGCCCGGGUUAGCGGAAGGUCUGCGGGACGCGAUCCGCCUCAGCGCGCUCGAGUGCCGGUAUCAGUUCAGGUCGGAGCGCUGGAACUGCAGCCUGGAGGGGAGAGGAAGCCUCAUCAAACGCGGGUUCAAGGAGACUGCCUUUCUGUUUGCGAUUUCUUCUGCUGGACUCACCCAUUCACUGGCCAAGGCUUGUAGUUCAGGCCGCAUGGAGCGCUGCACCUGUGACGAGUCCCCUGACCUGGAGAAUAAAGAGGCGUGGCAAUGGGGCGGCUGUGGGGACAACCUCAAGUACAGCAUUAAAUUUAUCAAGCACUUCCUGGGGCAGAGGAAAGCCAGCAAGGACCUGAGAGCCAGGGUUGAUAUGCACAACACCAACGUGGGCAUCAAGGCUGUGAAAAGUGGCUUGAAGACCACCUGUAAAUGCCACGGUGUAUCUGGAUCCUGUGCAGUUAGAACCUGCUGGAAGCAGCUCUCAUCUUUUCAUGACACGGGCAAGCUUCUCAAACUCAAGUAUGAAACAGCCGUUAGAGUCCACAGUGUCACCAAUGACGCCACAGGUGAGACUGAGCUCAUCAGUCCCAAAAAGCACAGUUAUACUUUAAAGAACCACAUCCCAAGGACUACAGAUCUCGUUUAUAUGGAGGACUCCCCGAGUUUCUGUCGACCGAGUAAAUAUUCACCUGGAACUGCAGGCAGGGUGUGCUCUAAGGAGACAAACUGUGAAAGCAUGUGCUGUGGGCAGGGUUACAACACCCAAAGUCUCCUGGUGCACAGACCCUGCCACUGCCAAGUACAGUGGUGCUGCUAUGUGGAGUGCCAGCAGUGUUCUCAAAGAGAGGAGAUCUACACUUGCAAACACUAACAGCAAGAAGAUAAGGCAACAAGUGAAACACAGUGGUGGAAAGAACAUGGCAUUGAAAUGACGAGUCAUGCUGUGGUUUGUGCCUGUUGCUCUGACAAAGUCAUUUAACCCCCGGAAAGUAAUAUUUUAGAGCUAAGCCUUACUGAAAAUGUACAUGUUCAGUGCAUCUUUAUCUGGAUGAUUUCAGCUGAAUCAACAUCUAUCCAAGCUAUAGAGGAGUGGAAAGUAGACAUUGGAGUUUCAAGUUGACUGGUAUAGCAGGUAAAAUUGAAGGAAGCUUCGUACGACUCCUUCAUUUAAGUUAAAGAGUGACCAGUAAAUAAACAAUGGUCCACAAUGGUCAUUUCACUAAUUAAAUAUGGUUUAUUUGAAAGUGUGGCUGCAGGGCUGGGGACCAGGUGAAACUACUUGUGAUCUUUUGGCCAGUUCUAUAAAGUGUGCAAACAAAACAUCCCGUGGUGCGGGAUAUGAGAGGGAAUGUGUAACUUCCUGUGCCCAUCAUUGUUCAAAGGAGCCUUCAUCUUUCAGUCAGAUUGAUGGAGGAUCGUUGUUUAACCUUUGCACAGGUUUUGAACCAACAUGCCCCCAGGUUAGCAUUAACCUUUCUCCAGGUUUGUCCCAAAGUUCCUUCCCUUUUUCUGCCUCUUAGUCAUCUACAUAGCAUUCCGUGAAUGAAAUAUAUACAUACUCUCAAUGUUCUUGGAAGCUACAGAUUCUUCAGCAGCCGUCACUAAUCAGGAGGGUGAUUUGAUUGUGUUCACAUAGUUUCUCAAGUCUUUAGAAAAUUAUUCAUUAUUUAACAGAAGAUCAUUUUGGUGAAAAAUCCUUCAGUCUUUAACUGUCAGGGGAAAAAAAUAUUUUCUGAAAGCACCUUGAUUCAAACCUUGUAGUAAUGGCUGUAGUGUAAGAAUGAAUACUUCUGCAUCUUAAAAAUAGGGCUUUAAACAAUUGUAUCAUGGACUGAACAGUAAUCAGCAUAGAAGAUGGCUGCUAUCCAGUUACCAUUUCACUUUGUUCUUCAAAUCUUUUCUCUAAUCACCUUAUUAUAUUCUGACAAGAUGCUAUCAAUGCAUAUUCAUGGAGAUUCAUUUGCCAUCAACACACAUUCAUUGGAGAUAACUUCGAAAUAAUCUCACAUGGUGGUUUGUGAACCUAAUCUCAAUUUAUUAACAUUGUUCCAGUCAAAUUUGCAAGGGACGUAGUGACACUUUGCGCAUCUUUCUCCAUUGACUUAAUAAAUCAGUGAUGUUAUGAUUGCAGAUGAUAGGUUAACAAAGCUAAUCAUACAUGAACAAGAUUGCUGCAUUACUGACAAUUAAUGUAUGUUAUUUAAUAUGUAAUUGGUGCAUGUUUAUAAUUAUUGAUCUUUAUUCUGCAAGUUUUAUGGACUACUGUAAAAAAGUUUAUUUUUUAAUCAUAACUGGAAUAGGUGCAUUUCUACUAACGGCCCUAUUUUGGGAACUUAUGUUGGAUAUAAAUACUAAUGGUAACUUUGCAAAAAAUUGCAUCAAGGUGUACUUUUACUUAAAUAUCUACCUGGCAUGCAGCAGAGGUGUAUAGAAUAUGAAAAAAUAUUUUGUGCAUCGAUCUACUGACAAAUGCAGCAGUAGUUAUAAUCUUCACACGGUUAUUUCAUUUGCUAAGCAGUCUUAGGUACAUCAACCUAUUAUAGUUAUUUACUGUGGUGCAAGAGGCACCAUCGUCACAUUUGGAGAGAGGUAGCUGAGUCUAACAUUAUCCACCAUGUCAGAGAGUUAUGAAGUGGAAAACAAAAUAAAACUAGCUUUGAAAAAACAGAAAUGAAAAUAAAAAAUAAAUCUAAAACAAAGCCUGAAGAUGUUGGGCACACUCAGCAAUUCAGGCAGCAUCAGUGUGUGUAUGUGGAGGAAGGAAUUGCAGAUGCUGGUUUAAACCAAGGAUAGGCACAAAAUUCCGGGCUAACUCAGCGGAACAGGCAGCAUCUCAUUUCUUCUGUCCGGUGAUGCUGCCUGCCCCGCUGAGUUACUCCAGCAUUUUGUGUCUAUCUUCAGCAUCUGUGAGUGAUGUGGAGGAAGAAACACAGUCAACGUUUCCAGUUGAAGAUCCGUUGGCAGAACUGGCGUUUCUGAAGAAGGAUAUUCUGCUUGAAAUGUGGACUCUGUUUCCCUUUCCACAGAUGCUGCCUGACCUUGCUGAGGGUUUCCACCAUUUUAUGGUUAUUCCGAGAGUGUUUCCUCAGUCAGCCCCGAGAGAUCACAAUUCACAUAUGCUCUUCUAGGGAUCUCUGGAUAUCUGCAAAAUUAAUCUUUCAAAACAAACUUAAAAAUCCAUUGUUAUCAUUCAUUUCUUUGCUCAAAUAUAAAUUUGGAACUGUGCCCCUCAAACAGCAGAAAUUCGAAAAAUGUUCUAGUAUUUUUGUUAGAAUGGGGGUAGUAAGGGUAAUCGAACUGAGGCCUGUAGCUGGUGUUAAAAUACACUUCAACUUUGGCAUAACUGUUUGGUAGAACUUCAUGAAGGGAGCUGAUGACUGGCCUAGAUUCUUUACCAUUGUUUUAGGGGAAGAAAAAUGAGAAGGAUCUAAUACAAUCCACAAUAUUGGAAUUUCUUUUGCAGAUUAAAAGCAGAAGGCUUAUAUGACCUCAGUUAAGUCAACGUGUUUCCCACUAACCCUAAUGGUCUAGCAGUACUUGGAGAUCUGGGUUGACAUUGUGCAUGCAUUUGCUUCCCUUCGAUACCAUCAGGAGUUCACUGCAGAUCAAUGUAAUUCAAUCAACGGUAACCAUGAGAUUAAAAUAUGAACCCAUCUUGCUGGUUAACUUCAACUAUGUAUAAUGAACACUAGAUCCAGGUGUUAUAUUUUGGUAAUGCAUUUACUGGGGGCAUAGUAGCACUUUAUAACUUAGCGGGGCCAAAGACAAUAGGUUAAAUAUGGUGAAAGGAUAACAUUGGGAAGAUGGCAGAAGCAAUGCUGUGGUUGAUGAUAUUAUCCCCGGCCUUUGAAGUGUAGGUAAUCGCUUGAGAUUGAUUGAACAAUAUUUAGAGGCCAGGUUUUUUUUAUCCUGGAGAGUUAGGCCAAAUGGCUUCCCAGAUCUGUGCUGAUCCUCGGUUUGUACUGCUACUUGAUCAAUGCAAUGUUAAAGUAUUUAACAAGAAUAAAUCCACUCUAUAAUGAAUCCUAAUGGGAAUGAGAAAAAGGUCAUCUUUGAUGCUUCAUUGGCCAUAUGUUGAUAAUUUCAGGCGAUAUCCCUAAGAAUUCCCCAAGAGUAAGUCAAAGGCCUGAACUACAAGUAUGUUUCCUUCAAAACUCCUCAAUAUCAGAUUGCAGUGGAAGGACAUUCCCACUUCUCAUUGUUUUUGUUGACAUUGGCUCAUUUAAAUCAUUUUCUAAUUCUAUUUCCACAUUCUUUCUCCAAACUAUUUUAGAUUUUUUUACAAUAUCAUAUAUUUUUGAAAAUCAUUUUUAAGAGAUGCAAUUGUAUUGGCUCAGUAGUCAGACUUUAAAUACUCAUGCUUAUUCCAAUCAAUUUCCACUAUCUUUCCAAAUUAUGUUUCCUUAAAAGCUGUAUAUAAAUGGAUAUUUAGUAAAACGAUUCCUGAGAUAUGCUCCAAAAUGACAGAGAUGUUUGUGACUAUUAUAUAGCGGAGCAGCUUUGAGUUCUGUCCAUGUUGGGACGCUUUCAUGAUGACAGGCAAUAUGGAGGGUUUGUUUAAUUUAUGUUGUUGACUUGUUAGUUGAAUUGUAACGGUAAAGCAUUUAUGUAAAACAUGGCUGCGGUACACAGGGCUGAAGGUUUACCAAAUUCUGUCCCCCCCCCACUGUUUUACACACAAAAAAACAUAGUGCUUCUCAAGUGACAUUAGAGUUUAACUUUUCUUUCUGUAUAGGGGAUAUUUCCGCACUUUGCUAAGCAAAGCUCAUUACAUUUUUCUUAUGAUUAGCAAUAUCUAGGGUUUCAUUUAAUUUUCUGUAUCAUUUUUAGCUUGACAAAUAAAAAUAAUCUUUCUGUUAUUUUAAUGCAACAUUCAACCUAUUUAAAAUAUAUUUUCGAAUCAGUUCAGUACAAUCACUGCAAAAACGCCUUCCAUUUGUGUAAUAUCCUCAACUCAAGACAAGAUCAGUGACGUGGACUGGAAUUGAUCAUAAACUCACACGUUAAUGUGUGUACUAAACGUAGUCCAGAAAGGAAAGUCACCCCCUAAUGCUUAAAAAAAAACAGUUGAUUUAUUGCCAAUUAAAAUAAUCAAUAAUUAGAAUACCAUAGGUCACAGUGGAUCACUGACACUGUACAAUUCAAGCAUACUAGUUUGAGAGUUAGCAAUGCUAUGCUAUAAAACAGAACAACCCUGAAUCACAGGGGAAAGCAAUGAAACGUUCGGGUAACUUUCACUUGGAGCUCCAUUAUUAAGGAGUCAUGAAAAGUAACGCAUUUUAUAAGAAAUGCUCCUUUCUCUAUCUCCUUGUAAAUCCUAUGACAAGCAGUUCAGUGAUGCACUGUGACUUAUUUGAUGGGCUUAAUUGACGAAAAAUAAAUGACCAAUAAAGAACAACAGACCCCUAUGCUUUAUUAAUUUAUCUGUUGAUGUUCUAAGGGAAAGUAAAAUUAUUUUUCUACCUCAUGUGUACAGCCUGUAGGUAAAUAAAAUCUUAGUGUAUUUAAGUUAUUUAUCAUCUUUAUAUAUCACAAAGAGAAAAUCCUUUUGGAUCAAUUUGGGCAGUGAAGGCAUGUUAAUCAUGUGGUUAAUGUGUAUUCUCUCUGCUUUUUAUAUGUUGUUAUUUAUACUUUUUUCAUGAUGGUUGAAAAGCAGGUUUAUAGAACAAUAUAUAGAACGUUGCACUAAUGUUUCUCAGCUUUCUGGUGGUAUUGAUAUCAAUAAAAUGGUGUUUUUACGACAACUUUGAACAAC